AUGCCUACUUUUUCAAAGGAUCAUAAUCAAUGUCGGCAGGUCGUUUGCACACUAUGUAUGAAAAAAAGUGACAGAGAAAUUUCAGAAUAUUUCAUCAGUGAAAUCAAAAGAUUGAUUUCUGGCAACAUCAACUUUGAUGAUGAGAGGGUUCCACGAGGGAUCUGUGUCACCUGUAGGUUCCUGCUUAGAAAGUUAGCUUCUGGAGAUGAAGAAGUGAGUAUACCUCAACUUUAUGACUUCGAAUCCAUAUUGAUCAAACCAUCAACUCGCCAGACAACUAAAUGUGAUUGCAUCAUUUGUCAAAUUUCAAAAACCAAAGGGAAAGGAAAGCACCCCUUUGAAAAACCAUCUCAGCAAGAAGUGCAAAAAGAAGAAAAAUCUUUUGAAAAACGAUGCACAAAAUGCCUAUCUGUCAUUGCUCGAGGACUGCCUCAUAACUGCAAAGAAGCAACACGUCGUGAAAACUUGAAAGCUCUGGCAUUGGCAGAUCCGUUAGGGGCAGAGCAAAUUGCAUCAUUCAUCGUUUCUUCCAAAGAGGUAUCUUCCGAUGGAACUAUUCUGAUUAGCCGGUUUCAUGGAAAGCCUCUUGAAAUCAGACCAGGAUCAAAUGCAACUCAGGGUCUCUCCUCAGAGCCAUUGACAACACAAGAUAUGAUUAAUAUUCAGCAAAACAUUGGACUUUCUAACAAUGGAAUGAGAAAGCUUGGGUCAGCUUUAAAUCAAAUAAGUCCUGUUCGCAUAGUUGAGGCCAAUUUUCAACAAAAAUUUGCUGCAGCUGGAACUACCCUCAAAAGUUUCUUUACAGUAACCACUUCACAGUUACCAGAAUCAAAUGAAACACGCCAUAUUGUUCACUGCACAAAUUUGGAAACCCUCAAAGAAAAUAUUGUUUCAUCCAGAGGCUUGCAAAACUCAAACUUCUUAAAGCUUGGCAUUGAUGGUGGAGGAUCAUUCUUUAAGGCAAGUUUGAGUCUUAUCAGUGAGCAUAAAGGAGAACCUCACAGUUCUGUUCAGAAGAAAUCAAAAUUGAUCACCAAAGACAACUUCAAAAACACAAGUGUUCAAAAACAACUGAUUGUUGCUAUUUCAGAGAACACACCAGAGACUUACCCAAAUGUUAAGCACAUUCUGGAUCUUCUCCAAGUCAAUGAAAUCUCCAUUUCAGAAAAACUUGUUAUUUCUUGUGACAUGAAGCUUGCAAACAUAGUUUGUGGAAUCCAGUCACACAGCAGUAAGCAUCCUUGCUGUUGGUGCAACAUAGACUCAGCACAUUUGGAAAACUGUGGUCAACUUAGAACAUUAGGGGGCAUCAGAGACUUGUACAAAAAAUUUGUGAAGUCUGGUUGUGAUGCCAAAAGAUCAAAAGAGUUUGAAAAUGUGGUUCAUUUGCCAAUGUUUGCCUUUCCAGACAGGGAAUUGAUCCUUGAGGCAAUCCCACCCAUGGAACUGCAUUUGCUCCUGGGAGUUGUCAACCACCUCAUCAAGUACUUGGUUCAAGUUUUUCCAAAGACCAAACAACGGUUGGAUUCAAUCCACAUUCAGAUGCAACCAUUUCAUGGUGGCCACUUCAAUGGAAAAGAUUGCAUGAAAGUGCUGAGGAAAAUUGAAGAGCUUAUGCAAUUGACAAUUGCUGAAAAAGCACCAGAUGCAACAAAGGCAUGCCAAGCAUUGAGCUCAUUUCACUAG